UACCCAUUCCCUCUCACUCCCACCUCAUAUUCCAUUAAAAAUACAAUUAUACACCUUCUGCCUUUUUUUUUCUCAAUUUUCAAAUAUUCCACAAAUUAAAAAAAAAAAGGUCUAGAAGAGAAGAGAGAACCCGGGAUCCGAAAUUACAUAAUAGCCCAUUCUUUCUUCUUCCUCAAUUACAGCUUCUGUUGGUUGUUCUUCUCUCUUUUCUCCUUUUCUCCUUUUCGUUUGUUGAGCGGUUAUCUCUUUUUCUUCACUCCGCUGUUGUAGAAAAUAGAAACUCAUUAUGGUGGCCACUGGUGCUGCAUCUUCAUUUUUCCCUGUUACUGCAUCCUUGCCGGACUCUGGUGGUAACAAACUUGGUGGUGGGCAAGCGAACAUUGGCGGGCUUAAAUCUAAACCCGCGUCUUCUGGUGGCUUGCAAGUAAAGGCAAAUGCCCAAGCCCCUCCAAAGAUUAAUGGAACCAAGGUUUCUACAUCUGUAGAUAACUUUAAGUAUGAGGAUUUGUUGCCUUCGUCGCAAUCCUCAAAGACUUUUAUCAACCAGUUACCUGACUGGAGCAUGCUUCUUGCUGCUAUCACUACAAUUUUCUUGGCAGCUGAGAAGCAGUGGAUGAUGCUUGACUGGAAGCCAAGACGGUCUGACAUGCUUAUUGACCCCUUUGGUAUAGGCAAAAUUGUUCAGGAUGGUCUUGUGUUCAGUGAAAACUUUUCUAUUAGGUCGUAUGAAAUUGGUGCGGAUCGAACGGCGUCUAUAGACACGAUAAUGAAUCAUUUACAGGAAACUGCACUUAAUCAUGUUAAGAUUGUGGGGCUUCUUGGUGAUGGCUUUGGUUCUACGCCUGAAAUGUGCAAAAAGAACUUGAUAUGGGUAGUUGCGCGGAUGCAAGUUGCUGUUGAUCGUUAUCCUACGUGGGGAGAUGUUGUUCAUGUAGAAACUUGGGUGUCUGCAUCAGGCAAGAAUGGUAUGCGUCGUGAUUGGCUUUUACGCGACUAUAAUACCGGUGAAGUCUUGACGAGAGCCUCUAGUGUUUGGGUCAUGAUGAAUAAGCAUACCAGAAAGCUGUCCAAAAUUCCAGAAGAAGUCAGAGAGGAGAUAGGAUCUUUUUUUGUGGAAUCUGCUCCAAUUCUGGAAGAGGAUGACAGAAAACUCAAUAAACUUGAUGACAGUACAGCGGAUUAUAUCCGCUCGGGUUUAAGUCCUAGAUGGAGUGAUCUAGAUGUCAAUCAGCAUGUUAACAAUGUGAAGUACAUUGGCUGGAUUCUGGAGAGUGCUCCACAGGCAAUCUUGGAGAGUCAUGAGCUUUGUGGCAUGACUAUGGAGUACAGGAGGGAGUGUGGCAAGGACAGUGUGCUCCAGUCCUUGACCGCUGUUUCUGAUGCUGAUGUUGGCAAUCUAGCUCAAAGCGGACACAUUGAGUGCAAGCAUUUGCUUCGACUUGAAGAUGGUGCUGAAAUUGUGAGGGCUAGGACUAAGUGGAGGCCAAAACGUGUGAACAACUUUGAUUUUGCAAAUCAGGUGCCAGCAGGUAGCACCUAAGGUUCUUGAAUGGUUGAUGGUUGGAGUCGCAUUCACAUGAGUUUCCAUUCUAUUAUUAAACUGGUUCUGACCUCAGAAGAGUUUUGCUUGUGUUUGUCCAGUCUACAUGUCUUAUAUACAUGUCUUAUACCUUCUAAUUUGUGUUGCUAUGGUGGGUAAAAAGGGGUGAAAAGUACCAUAAAUCUCAUUGUAAUUAGCUCCUGCUCUGCUCCAUUUCUCUCUCUCUGCACCUCCAAAUUUCAUUUAUUUUCUGGUUGCUCUAGUGCUAGGCUGGCUUUCUUCAAUAUUUAAUUGUUUCAUCAAAAUGGCUAGGCAUGUAUAUUAUUAUUCUUUUCUCUUGGGCCAUCUAAAGAUGCAAAUUUCCUUGUGAACAUAAUAGCACAAUAAUUAUUAGCCUGUAGGCAGAAA